AUGGGCUGGGCCAAUUCAGGAGACGUGAAAACCAUCUUUGUGCAGGGAAUCAUUCCUCUCUUUCUGGGGUUGAGUUUCUGUUGCUUGGGAAUGCUGUACUGUCUUGGCGUUCUCAAGUUCCGCUGCUGCCACCAGAGACGCGAUGUCGUUCCCGUGACAAUGUCCCGCUCCGACGAGGAAACCAACAGCAAUAAUAAUGCGCCGAUGACCAUGGCGGCGGCCGAAAAGGCGUUUGGACCCGUCGCCUGUCAAGCGCAACUCUUUGGCAUGGCCGCCAAAGAGCGUCAAGCCGUGCUCGAGAAGGUCUUUGCGCCCUGUUGCAGUACGCAUCAACGAGCCAAGAAAAACCUGGACGAUUCUCGAAGUUCCUCUGGGUCGGGAGCACUCGAUACAAAUUGCUCUUGUGCGAUUUGUCUUCGUGAAUAUGAGGACGGCGAAGAAGUCAUGACGGGAACCCAAUGCAACCACAUGUACCAUAAAAAUUGUGCCAUGGUAUGGCUGUCACAACAUCAAAGAAAGCCAAAGGAUCAUUGCCCUUAUUGCCGCAAUGAAAUGUUGACGGCCACCGAAAUGAAAAAGGCGGCCUUGGAACUAUUGGGUGCCGAUCGAGUGGCCGAAUUGGCACAAAUGCCGACACCAGUCGAAACGACGACUACUGGUCUGGGUCCGGUCGCUGAAGAAGACGAAGCUCAGGUUCCUGCCGACAUUGAAAGUGGGCUCUGA